GGGCCGGCCCUGGGCGGCGGAGGCGGAGAAGAUGGCGGCGGCGGUGCGGGCGGUCCGCGGGCUGGUGAACGGCGCCGGGCCCGGCGGGCCCCGCGAGCAGGUGGCGGCGCUCACCCGCGACUACCUGUCCCAGCCGCGCCUCACUUACAGAACUGUGUCAGGUGUGAAUGGACCUCUGGUUAUCUUGGACCAAGUGAAGUUUCCUAGGUAUGCAGAGAUUGUCCACCUGACCCUUCCUGAUGGCACAAGAAGGAGUGGGCAGGUUCUGGAAGUCAGUGGCUCCAAAGCUGUGGUUCAGGUAUUUGAAGGUACUUCAGGUAUUGAUGCUAAGAAAACCUCUUGUGAGUUCACUGGGGAUAUCCUUCGCACCCCUGUCUCUGAGGACAUGCUUGGCAGAGUAUUUAAUGGAUCAGGAAAACCUAUAGACAGAGGCCCCAUUGUUUUGGCUGAAGAUUUCCUUGACAUCAUGGGCCAGCCAAUCAACCCCCAGUGUCGUAUCUACCCAGAAGAGAUGAUCCAGACUGGCAUUUCUGCUAUCGAUGGCAUGAACAGCAUUGCCAGGGGCCAGAAGAUCCCCAUCUUCUCAGCUGCUGGCCUGCCCCACAACGAGAUUGCAGCUCAGAUCUGUCGCCAAGCUGGCUUGGUGAAGAAAUCCAAAGAUGUGAUGGACUACAGUGAGGAGAACUUUGCCAUUGUGUUUGCUGCUAUGGGUGUGAACAUGGAGACCGCUCGGUUCUUCAAGUCGGACUUUGAGGAGAACGGCUCCAUGGACAAUGUGUGUCUGUUCCUGAACCUGGCCAACGACCCAACCAUUGAACGCAUCAUCACGCCUCGCCUGGCGCUGACCACCGCGGAGUUCCUGGCCUAUCAGUGCGAGAAGCACGUCCUGGUCAUCCUGACAGACAUGAGCUCCUAUGCUGAGGCCCUGAGAGAGGUCUCAGCAGCCAGGGAGGAAGUGCCAGGCCGCCGUGGGUUCCCAGGCUACAUGUACACUGACCUGGCCACCAUCUACGAGCGUGCUGGGCGUGUGGAAGGCAGGAAUGGUUCCAUCACCCAGAUCCCCAUUCUCACCAUGCCCAAUGAUGACAUUACUCAUCCUAUCCCUGACUUGACUGGAUACAUCACUGAGGGGCAGAUCUACGUGGACAGGCAGCUGCACAACAGGCAGGUUUAUCCACCUAUUAAUGUCUUACCCUCCCUGUCUCGACUGAUGAAGUCAGCUAUUGGGGAGGGUAUGACCAGGAAGGACCACGCAGACGUCUCCAACCAGCUGUACGCCUGCUAUGCUAUUGGGAAGGAUGUGCAGGCCAUGAAGGCUGUGGUGGGUGAGGAAGCUCUCACCUCGGAUGAUCUGCUCUACCUGGAGUUCCUGCAGAAGUUUGAGAAGAACUUCAUUGCUCAGGGUCCCUACGAGAACCGCACUGUUUACGAGACCUUGGACAUCGGCUGGCAGCUCCUCAGGAUCUUCCCCAAGGAGAUGCUGAAGAGAAUCCCUCAGACAACGCUGGCUGAGUUCUACCCUCGAGACUCAACUGCAAAGCACUAACCACAGCUUCAUCUCUCAGCUCCCUUGCUCUGUGAAAAUGCUGUUUUUUGGGUUCCUCUCUCUCAUGUGUUGGUGUUUACUUGUCGCCUGUACAACCAAACCCCGGGGUAGGUGACAUCUGUGCCAGUGUUCCAGCCUACACUGAUACCAGUCU